AGGCAAUCCGGUUGGCUCUGAGUCACCCGCCGGAAGCCUCGCCCAGGAUCAAAGCCGCCGGGAAGCUCGCAGCGAGCUGGAGGAGCAGCCGCCGCCGCCGCAGCCGGAGUCUCCCAGACCUUCCCUCAUGGACGAUCUCUAUGAAGCAAAUGGCAGUUUUGCCAUCAACUUACUGAAAGUGUUGGGUGAAGAGGACAGCUCCCGAAAUGUGUUCUUCUCCCCUCUGAGCAUCUCCUCAGCCCUGGCCAUGGUCUUCAUGGGGGCCAAAGGAAACACUGCUGCCCAGAUGUCCCAGGUGCUUUGUUUGAACAGAGGCGGAGAAGUUCACCAAGGUUUCCGGUCCCUUCUCAAGGAGGUUAACAAGUCUGGCACUCAGUACUUGCUCAGAACUGCCAACAGACUCUUCGGAGAGAAGACGUGUGAUUUCCUUCCUGCCUUUAGGGAAUCCUGUCAGGAGUUCUACCAGGCCGAGCUGGAGGAGCUGUCGUUCGCUGAAGACACAGAGGCGAGCAGGAGACACAUCAACGACUGGGUGACCGAGAAGACGGGAGGUAAGAUUUCAGAGAUCCUGGGUGCUGGGACCGUGGAUCCACUGACUAAGUUGGUUCUCGUGAAUGCCAUCUAUUUCAAAGGAAAGUGGAAUGAGCAGUUUGACAGGAAGUACACAAGGGGAAUGCCCUUUAAAGUCAACCAGGAGAAAAAGACGGUGCAGAUGAUGUUCAAGCAAGCUAAAUUUAAAACGGGGUACGUGGCUGAGGCGCACACGCAGGUGCUGGAGCUGCCCUACGCGGGGCAGGAGCUCAGCUUGCUGGUUCUUCUGCCGGAUGACGACACUGAGCUCGCCGUGGUGGAAAAAGCACUUACGUAUGAGAAGUUCAGAGACUGGACAAAUCCAGAGAAGAUGACUAAGGAUAAAGUUCAAGUUUUCCUUCCCCGAUUGAAGCUGGAGGAGAGUUAUGACUUGGAAUCUUUUCUUCGAAGUUUAGGUAUGACUGAUGCCUUUGAGGAAGCCAAGGCAGACUUUUCUGGAAUGUCAGCUAAGAAGAAUGUGCCCGUGUCCAAGGUGGCGCACAAGUGCUUCAUAGAGGUGAACGAGGAGGGCACGGAGGCGGCCGGGGCCACAGCCGUGGUCAGGAACGCUCGGUGCCUCAGACCCGAACCAAGAUUUUGUGCAGACCACCCUUUCCUUUUCUUCAUCAUACACCGCAGCACCAGCAGCAUUUUGUUCUGUGGCAGGCUCUGCUCUCCAUAGGGAGGUGCAGUCCCUAUAAACACCCUCCUUUCGCUUCUGCCAACCUUGUCUUAAUACAGAUUCCUGGGACUGAAUGGUGUGGUGGUUUGGAUGCCCAAACGAGGAGUGUGCAUCUGGGA